AUGGAACCGUUCCAGCUGAACCUGCAGGCCUACCAAAACGGGGACUUGCAUCCCAGCUGCCUCUUCGAUGGGCCGAGCGGCGGCCAGAUGCGGAGAACGUCUCUGAAGGACCACGGCGCUCGAGAAGCGGAAGAAAGGGAGCGGCUCCCGGGACUGGAGGCCGCCUACGCCACCAUCCUGCAGGGUUUGGGCGAAAACCCGGGGAGGCAAGGGCUGUUGCUGACGCCUCGGAGGGCGGCCAAAGCCAUGCAGUUUCUCACCAAGGGCUACUAUGAAACCGUCGAAGAGAUACUCAAUGGUGCUGUUUUUGAUGAAGACCAUGAUGAGAUAGUUAUCGUAAAGGGCAUUGAUAUGUUUUCUCUUUGUGAACAUCACUUGGUUCCUUUCUUUGGCAAGGUACACAUUGGAUAUUUACCAAGGAAAAAAGUAGUUGGAUUAAGUAAACUUGCAAGAAUUGUUGAAAUGUUUAGCAGAAGGCUCCAAGUCCAGGAGCGACUUACAAAACAGAUUGCUUUAGCAAUUACUGAGGUUCUGAAACCUGUUGGAGUGGCUGUGGUGAUAGAAGCUUCACACAUGUGCAUGAUCAUGAGGGGGGUUCAGAAAAUGAACAGCACAACAGUCACUAGCGCUAUGCUUGGCAUCUUCCAAGAAGAUUCAAAAGCAAGGGAGGAAUUUCUUGCCUUGAUCAAGAAUUAAAGAGCAGCAGCUUGCAGUUACAUCAAUGGUUUGGAGCAUACACAACUGAUUAUUAUAAUUGCCUUAUGUGAGCCAUUGUUUUUGAAGCUGGAUAAUUAGAAAAAAGAGAAGACAGAGUUCAUAAUUGUAUCACAGCUUUGUUCCCAUUUUUGCAUAUAAUACCUUUUAUAGCCUUCUACAAUUGGCUCCUUUGGGAAUGGCACUCCUAGCAC